AUGGUCUCGAACAGCCUCAUCAUUGCAAAUUUGGACGAGCUGGGAAUCGAACCCAGGACCUUUCGCAUACAGGACCUUUCGCAUGCUCAGAAACAUGCUAAGCGAACGCUCUACCAACUGAGCCACACGCCCUUGAUCUUGUUGUUGGAAGUCGGCGACGUGUGGAGGGCUUAUGAUGGCAAUUCUGGAACAUGCAGAAUGCCUAUGUGCAAUGGUCACGAAGAGGAACCUGGGAAGACAGACGAUGAAAAAACGGACCUACCUAAAAGACACCAGUGGGCAUGUCAGUUCCACGGCAUGUCACAACGGCAAGUGAGCCUGGGUAGAUCGACCAAGAGGCGGACAAGUGACAGAUGGACCCUUGAAGCUGCUCGGACAGGUGAACUCUUCAGGUACGGCGAUGCCGACACCGCCGGCACUGUCGACUUGACUACUCUCCUGGAGACGCCCUCAUUCUCUCGCCGCUGCGGUUCCAAUGAGAUCAAGUGCUUCACCCUCGCUAUGUGUGCCAGCUGGGCCAACAACUUGUCGCGUGCGUGGUACGUCCACCUUGGUCAUGGCGCGGCGGCGAGCCUCAAGAGACGCCGCGCAAGUGCUGAAUGGGUAUCUGAUUCUGCCGGGACCAAGUCAUAUAGGCCGUUCCUCUGCUUCCGCUCCUGA